AUGGAUCACAACCCCGCAGAGCACGAUGAAGUCGUGUCUCAGUUCUGUUCUAUGACAGGCACACAGCCUGAACAGGCCCAACAGUACCUUGCAGCCAACCAUGGCGACAUUGAAGCGGCAGUUACCGAGUUCUACGCGGAACAAGAUGAGGCUUUGCAGGACAUGAACGCUGGUGCUGUCCAACAAGUUGGUGCUAGAGAAGCUGCUGCUGCUACCGCUUCCGCUGCAGGAGGCCGAACACUGGGUGGUGCAGCUGUCCCCGCCUCUUCUGCUGCUCCGGCGGCCUCAUCAUCUUCGCGCCGCUCAGCGCCCAAAAAGAAGUUUGCGACUUUAGGAUUUCUUUGCCGGGGAGAGAAGUCUGGACUGGCAGUCCAGAACCCAGAUGACCUCAAGAAGAAGAUUCUCGAGAAGGCUCGGAGAGCCCAACCCCCACCUUCAGACGAUGCUCCCUCGCGCCAAUCAUUCUUCACUGGCGCUGCGCGCACUCUCGGUGGCGACGAUGCUCCAAGUCGGGUGAUUGACGAUCCAUCUGGCCCUGCUCCCCAGCGCUCUCAGCGCGUACAGCGUACUCUCCACUUUUGGGCCGACGGAUUCUCAGUUGACGAUGGUGAGCUCUACCGAUCUGAUGACCCUCGCAACGCUGAGAUCUUGGAGGGUAUUCGACAGGGCCGUGCCCCUCUCACGAUUAUGAAUGUUCAAGCGGGACAGGAGGUGGAUGUUGAAUUGAAGCAGCAUGAGGAAAAAUACACCAAGCCUAAGCCACAAUACAAGGCUUUCUCUGGAUCCGGACAGCGCCUCGGUAGCCCGACGCCUGGUAUUCAGAGCCAGCAACCUACUCCCCCAGCCGCUCCUGCCCAGCCAAGUGGCCCUCCUAAGCCCGAGGUGGAUGAAUCGCAACCCACAGUCACCCUCCAGAUCCGCCUUGGUGAUGGAACCCGUUUGACAUCCCGAUUCAACACCACUGCAACUAUAGGCGACGUCUAUGCAUUCGUUAGGGUCGCAUCUCCGGAUAGCCAGAGCCGCCAAUGGGUGUUGAUGACCACUUUCCCUAGCAAGGAGCUCACGGACCAGGAUGUCACUCUUGGUGAUCUUCCCGAAUUCAAGCGGGGAGGAGCUCUUGUUCAGAAGUGGACCUAA